AAAGUCCUUAUGAUCGAAGAAAAAGUUUAAAUGGAAGGGCCAAGCAACGUGACAUUAGUACUUUCCAAGGAAGACAUUCCAUUAAUAUCCAAACCUCGAUCGCAAGGACCAUUCUCUAGAAUUGCAGUAUAAUAUUUUAUAAUUAAGGGAAGCAGCUGUGUUGCACAAUUUAAAUUACAAGUGUAACAAUGAGAGAGGGAGCUGUACCAAAAAUCGUUGAAACAGAACAAAGAAGCAAAAUGACGAUGUGUUGCACCUGGAUGUGGCGGCGAUGUUGCAGAGAGCGGGAGCUUCGAGAAAGAAUAAUACACAUUGGUCAACCGAUACAAAAUAAAUUUCCCACCAAUGUCAUUCGAAAUCAGAAAUAUAAUGUCAUCACAUUUCUUCCACUGGUACUAUACCAGCAGUUCAAAUUUUUCUUGAACCUUUACUUCCUCAUGAUGGCAUUGUCUCAGUUCAUACCAGAAAUAAGAAUAGGAUAUUUAUACACAUACUGGGGGCCUUUGGCUUUUGUCUUAAUGGUUACUGUAUGUCGAGAAGCCGUCGACGAUUUCCGGAGGUACAAACGAGACAAGGAAGUUAAUAACCAAAAAUACUACAGACUUGUAAAAGGUUUCAGUGCGCCAGAACUAGUUCCCAGUUCUAAACUGCGAGUUGGUGACUUGGUCAUUGUAGAAAAAGGACAAAGAGUGCCAGCCGAUCUCGUUUUGUUGCGCACAACUGAAAAAGCUGGAGCCUGUUUUGUCAGAACAGACCAAUUGGAUGGAGAAACCGAUUGGAAGUUGCGGUUGGCGAUUCCAGCUACGCAAAAACUGGACAACGAUUCUCAACUUUUCGAUAUUAAGGCGAGCCUCUAUGUCGAAAAACCACAAAAGGACAUUCAUAGCUUCAUUGGAACCUUUACCUUAAUUACGGGACAAUACGAAGGAUUCAGCAGCGAAGAAAGUCUCGGAGUGGACAAUACUUUAUGGGCAAAUACAGCAAUAGCUUCAGGAUCUGCGCUCGGUGUUGUCGUUUAUACGGGGCAGGAGACAAGAUCUUUAAUGAAUCACUCGACUCCAAGAUCGAAAGUUGGUUUACUAGAUCAGGAAAUCAAUCAACUGACGAAGGUAUUAUUUUGCGCAAUGAUUGGUCUUGCUUUGGUGAUGAUGUGCUUGAAAGGAUUCAGCGGGCCCUGGUAUCGCUACAUGUUCCGCUUUGUUUUGCUCUUCUCGUACAUUAUUCCAAUCAGUUUGCGGGUGAAUCUCGACAUGGGCAAAACGUUUUAUGCCUGGUGUAUCCAGCGAGACAAGGAAAUAACCGGCACCGUAGUGAGAACCACGACUAUUCCUGAAGAGCUCGGUCGAAUUUCCUAUUUGCUGAGUGACAAAACCGGCACUUUGACGCAAAACAAGAUGGUGUUUAAAAAAUUGCACCUGGGGACGAUUUCCUAUGGCCAGGAAACCUUUGAUGAAAUCACGACGGUACUGAAACAUUAUUACACGCUAAUGGAUUCGGGUAACUCCCCUGGAAAAUCGUCGGCAGUCCAUUCGGGAAAAGUUAGGAGGUCUGAAAACACACGAGUUUUUGAUGCAGUUAAUGCUCUGGCUCUUUGUCACAAUGUUACUCCUGUUUAUGAUGAUGCCAAUACCAGUAAUGUGGAUUCUGAUAGUGUGGAGACGGUCGAGACGGUGGAUUUCAAUUCAAUUGAAAGUUUACCCCUAAAAACCCGAUCUGUUUCCCGUAUCCAACAAAAUUCAGUUCAUCAAACUGAAGCAGAUCAACACUACUACCCGUCAGAACAAAGUCGAAAUUACCAAGCUUCAAGUCCAGAUGAAGUCGCCUUAGUAAAAUGGACCGAAGAAGUUGGUUUGGCACUCAUAAAACGAGACUUAAAUUCCAUGCAGCUGAAAGCACCAAAUGGGAAAAUACUUACCUACGUUAUUCUUCAAAUUUUCCCAUUCACAUCGGAAACUAAGAGGAUGGGAAUUAUAGUUAAGGAAGAAUCAACUAGCGAAAUCACUUUUUAUUUAAAAGGUGCCGAUGUUGUUAUGGCUGGAAUUGUUCAAUACAAUGAUUGGCUCGAAGAGGAGUGCGGAAAUAUGGCCAGGGAAGGUUUGAGAACCCUAGUCGUUGCUAAAAAACAUUUAACGGAAGAACAAUAUUUAGAUUUUGAAGCGAGAUAUAAUGCUGCAAGAUUAUGUGUCAGUGAUCGAGUUUCAAGAGUCGCAGCAGUUGUGGAAAGUCUCGAAAGAGAAAUGGAACUCUUGUGUCUCACCGGAGUUGAAGACAAAUUGCAAGACAGAGUCAGAUCCACCUUGGAACUGCUGAGAAAUGCUGGAAUAAAGAUAUGGAUGUUGACUGGAGACAAAUUAGAGACAGCGACCUGCAUAGCGAAAUCAUCGCGUCUAGUUGCCCGUUCUCAGAGUCUUCACAUUUUCAAGUCCGUUGUCACAAGAACCGACGCACAUUUAGAGCUAAAUACCUUUCGGAAAAAGCAAGACUGCGCUUUAAUAAUAAGCGGCGAUUCCUUAGAAGUGUGUAUGAAGUAUUACCAACACGAAUUUUUAGAAUUGGCUUGCGGUUCUCCGGCAGUUGUUUGCUGUCGAUGUUCUCCGACUCAAAAAGCGGAAGUUGUGAGUCUCAUUCAAAGACAUACGGGAAAAAGGACAGCGGCGAUUGGCGAUGGAGGAAAUGAUGUUUCGAUGAUUCAAGCUGCCGAUGCUGGCAUUGGGCUUGAAGGAUUGGAAGGAAGACAAGCGUCGCUGGCUGCUGAUUUUUCUAUUCCGCAGUUUAGUAAUUUAGCAAAUUUGUUGUUGGUCCAUGGAAGGCGGAGCUAUAAAAGAUCUGCAGCUCUCAGUCAAUUUGUCAUCCAUCGAGGACUUAUUAUUUCCACAAUGCAAGCUGUCUUUUCCGCGGUCUUUUAUUUUUCGUCUGUUCCUCUCUAUCAAGGAUUUUUAAUGGUUGGGUACGGAACUUUAUACACAAUGUUCCCCGUAUUUUCCCUCGUCCUGGACAAGGACGUGUCUGGUAAAAUUGCACUUACGUACCCGGAACUUUAUAAAGAACUGAGCAAGGGUCGUUCUUUAUCCUACAAAACGUUCUUUAUGUGGGUUCUAAUCAGUAUAUACCAAGGUGGAGUCAUAAUGUACGGAGCUCUCAUUAUGUUCGAGGACGAGUUCAUCCAUAUCGUGGCAAUUAGUUUUUCAGCCUUAGUUCUCACAGAAUUAAUUAUGGUGGCACUUACGAUCAGAACUUGGCAUCACCUGAUGAUCAUCGCUGAAGUUUUCUCUCUUGCGUUAUACCUCUUAUCGCUAGUUGUUCUCAAAGAUUAUUUUGAUGCCGAAUUUAUUCGAACAGAAGAUUUUAUUUGGAAGGUUUGUGUGAUAACGCUGGUAUCGUGUCUGCCAUUGUACAUUCUAAAAUUCUUGAGGAAGAAGUUCUCGCCACCCAGUUACACAAAGUUAUCCUAAAUAUAUGAGAGAGAGAGAGAAAAGAUACUUCUAACUUGCAAUUAUAGAAAGUGAGAUGAAUCUUUAUUUUUCUAUUACUGAGAAUGAUACAUUUAAAUUUGACCAUGAAGUUUCUUCUCAAUUGUUUCAUCAAGCGAUACAACUUUAUUUGUUUCGUAUUAAGAAUUCUGUGAUUGUGUCUGAAUCAAGGAGAAAAAAAGACGAUCGACUGUUGGAAAUUAUAUUGGAGAGAGUUAUUUAUCAGUUUGUAUAACACAACGAGCUUUUAAGCUGGCAUUUCUAAUUUUAAUGAUGAGUUGUAUAAUUUUAUUGAAUUUCAUGCUACUUAUAGCAUUUGUACAGAUUUAUAGCUUUUGGUAUUGCAUAUUUUAGGUUUAUUCACAUAAAAUAUAUUUAUAUAACUGUACGUUAUUUACAUAGAAAAAUAAUAACGAUGAAGUAUUUCCUAGUAAAGAGGCUUUAUUUUA